AUGGAUAAAGUUGUAGAGGAGGUUGGGGAGGAAAAUGUUGUUCAAGUAGUCAUUGAUAGUGAAGCAAGUUUUAAAGCAGUCGGUCUUCCCUCUAAUGAAGAAGGUAGAGAAACAAUUCAUGAAGAUGAUGGUGCCAUAAAUCGUAGAGUUAGUAGGUGUACAUGUAAUGCUACACAAGAAAGAGAUGUUGAUUCCUGUCGUAAUAGUAAGGCUCCUAGAACAAUUUCUUCAAGUUCUAGUAGUGAUGAUGGUGACAAUGGGGACAAUAGGCGGGGUGGUGGCACUAGUGGGGGUAGUAAAGGAGUUGGUGGCAUUGGUGAGGGUACUAGAGGAGAUGGUAGCACUGGGGGUGGUUAUGUUAGUCAAGUAGAUCCUGACAUGUCAUGGGCAUAA